AUGUCGACAGCGGUGGAAACCUUCGGCUUCUUCGUGGCAGCCCUAGGGCUGCUGAUGCUGGGGGUGACCCUGCCCAACAGCUACUGGCGCGUGUCCACCGUGCACGGGAACGUCAUCACCACCAACACCAUCUUCGAGAACCUCUGGUAUAGCUGUGCCACCGACUCCCUGGGCGUCUACAACUGCUGGGAGUUCCCGUCCAUGCUGGCCCUCUCCGGGUACAUCCAGGCCUGCCGAGCGCUCAUGAUCACGGCCAUCCUCCUGGGCUUCCUCGGCCUCUUUCUCAGCAUAGUGGGGCUGCGCUGCACGAACGUCGGGGACAUGGCGCUCUCCAGAAAAGCCAAGCUGGCGGCCACCGCUGGGGCCCUCCACAUGCUGACCGGCACAGCCAGGUGUGGGAAGGACGUCACAGGGGAGAGCGGCUGUGCCCUGUGA